AUGUCUGUAGACAGAGACCCGAACGAAAAUGAUCGGGGUCCGAGCGGCGCUGAAGUCCUCGCGUCAUUAAUCACAGACGCUUUGGAGAAAGCUAAACUGGUGAGUUGGUCUCAAUCAUUCUUCAUAAAACUUCCUAUUAUAGUGGAAAAAAUACCAAGCGGUAAAUUGUGGAAGGUUUCACAAAUACUUAUUAUUUUCCCGGUAUUUAGGCACUCCAGCCGGCAAUAUUCUUUUGUUUUAAAUUCUCGUUUUUUACAAAAACUAUAGGGGACUGGAACUGCCUUCCUCAGGCCAUUGUUUCAUCAACCUCCUCAGAAACUUUUAAAUAUAGGUUAUCAGCUUUACUUAAAUAAUAUUUGUAUAUAUUUCAUAUAGUUUCCUUUGCUCAACUUUUAUAUCAUUCAUUUAUAUACUGAUAUAUCUGUAUUCUAUUCAUUUACUUAUUUAUUUAUUUAUUUAUUUGUUUUUUAUUUUUUUGGUUGGUGUGAUAUCUUAAUUAUUUUAUCGACCCAAUGCAUGUAAAUGUAAAUGUUUACCCAUGAGACAAAUGCAUUUAGUAAAUGUUAUGUUUUCCCAACAAUCAAAUACCACUAUUUAACCUCAUUAAUUCAGCAACUUGGUAUCUUGUUAACCUAGGGGAAAACUAAAGAUUACGAUCUGUUGGUUCAGAAACUUGCUGACCCUGGAAUCAAGGUAACUUUGGUGAACAAUAUAAUUACAUGUUUUUCCCUUCAAAUUCGACUCAACCAAUCAGUUCCAGUUCACCCUUAUUGUUGCAUGCUCACCCUGCUCCUAAAAACAAAACAUAACAACAAAUUGGCUUUUCCUCAGAACUUCAGAUCGCAAUAAAGGGGGAAAAAGUUAGUGCUCAGUACCAGUACUUUGUUAGAGCCUGUGUUCACCACUAACUUCCAGUUAAAUCAGUUUAAUCUAGAAAUACAUGCCUUUUGCUGAUUUUUUUGUGUUUUCUCUGGCCGGGUUGUUAUAAGCUGGCUUAAGAUAACUCAAGGCUAGUGUGAAAUCUUAUUUCUAAUCUGAAGGUCUUAAAAGAAAAUUAAAUACAAUUGUAUCAGUCUACAAUUUGAUCAUUGGAUGCCCUUAAAAGGAUAGAGAAAAUAAUCCAAAAAAUGCUUUUGAGCAGAGGAAUAAAAAAACAGAAAUUUAAUUUGGGUUAGUGCUAAUCAGCAAUGAGGUCCUGGUAUAUAUGAUAGAAUUUAAAAAAUUGAAUUUCCAGUGCCUGAUCAAGCAGUAUAGCAAUGCAUUGGAUAAAGUAUUGUAUGUAGCACUGACUUGGACUUUUGGCUGAUCAGAAGAAAUCUUAUUAAAUCAUGCUGGUGAUUAUAUUGAAAGCAGCUUAAUUAAUGUGUUGGUACUGAUUUCUACUAACCCUUGCAUCAUGUUAAGAAUUCAGUUGUUUAGAUAGCCAGAUUGUAGAUUGCUUUAAGUUAAAAUAAAUAAGUGAUGAAGCUAUUUUAAUGUUCCAAAUUGUGCAACAGUGAAAGAGAUUUAGCUUAUCUUAACACCAUUAAAAACAAAUCUGAAUUUCUGGUAAGCCUAUUUAUUUUGUUGAUCUUCUUUGUAGGAAGUCCACUUGCAGAGAUAUCUUAUGGCAUUAACAACUUGUGUUUCUCAUCUCACAAAGCAGUAUGAUACACUAGUUGGUGCAGUUCUGGUAAGAUUAAAAAAGAAAAAUUGCACCCUUUUUUAAUUUUCAGAUAUGCUUUUUUUCAUCAAUAUUCUUUGAAUAUGUUAUCACUGACUGUUAUUUUGCACCUCCAUCUAGACAGUGUAUUAUACUCAGUCCCAAAUUUGAAAGUCUGUUUUGAGAAAUAAUAAUUUCCACUCAUUAUUGUUUUAUUGAUUUUAUGAACAGUAUUCAAUUGAUAAUAAAAUUAUCACUUAUGUUGAUAUUAUCAUGGAAUUAUUACAAUUUUAGAAUACCAGAUGGGCACUAUGUGGUGAGAAAACAGUGGAAGAAUUUAUUGAAUUCCUGACAAGCCUUGUGUCUGCCCAGACAUAUUACUUAAGAGCAUGCCUUAAUAUGAUUGUCAAGCUCUUUAUUCCAUGUAAGAUUUCCUCAAUAAAGAAAUCUUCGUAGUUAGUUUAUUAAAUGUAAUGAAUAUUAACUUGUUGAAUUAUAUUAUUGUUUAUUGUCAGUAUGAUAAAUUUUAAAAUUAUUUAAUGUCAGUCUGAAGUAUAUCUUAAAUGUAUUUAUUGGAUAAGAAAAUAAAUAAAAUAUAAAUAGUUGUGAAUAAGAGAAAUAUAUUUUAGGCAAGUUGACUAUGAAUUAAAUUAAAAAAGAAAGCAAAAUCCAAAGUAUUGCAAGUAAUUCCCAUAGAGUAUCGUCUAGUUUUUGGAAACAUGUCUUGUCCUGGUUGCACGAUUAUAGCAUCUCUGUUGAUAACCUUAGAGAGGAAGAUGUCAUUUUUGGUAAGUUCGAUAUUGCAGAGGAUUUUCUCCUGUUUAACCAUAUUUUGCUUCUGGGUAAGUUUUAUAUUUACUCUCGGAAAUACCAGAAUGGUAUACCUUCUAUCCAAGGUUUUAUAGCCAGGACAAGUCGUGUUUACAAUACUGAACUCCAUAUUGCUGGGAAAAGAGACAAAUUAAACAAUCAUUUUAGAAAGUGGGAAAAGUUAAUAAGCAUUUUUAUGAAUAAGUGAUGUCAUGAUUAAUUUCUACCAUUAGUUUUAAAGUGAUGUCAUUAUAAUUUACAUACUAGGUAACUGUAUUGCUGUAAUAGCUUUGUGUGUGUUUAGCUUGGUAUUCUAUUCGUACCACAUAAGUGUGUGUAUGUGUGUGUGUCUUUUACUCUUCUUUUUUUCUUUCUUAAUUUCCAUUUUAUAUGUAAACGUAAGAAAUGCUUAAAAAAAAAAAAAAAAUUAAUGUCUAGUGUGAAUGAAUGAAUUUUUAAAUAUAGUACAAUCUUAGAAUGCAAAAUUAUUUUCAUGGACAAAAGAUGAUGGUAAAAAGCAGUUGAUCUUGACAAGGUCAUGAAAAUAAAAUUGAAUGAUGUUAUUUAUCUUAUCCACAGCCAUUUUUCGAGAUGUGCAAGUAGAAAAAGGUGAUUCUGAAGGUAUGCAUGAGGAUCCAAACUUACUGUACCAACUAAACUACUGCAACUUGAGAGGUGGCAAUUUUGCACCCACUGAAAGUGAAACAUCUAAAAACAUCGUUUUUAUUUUGUUCAUGCUUAAUACUGGUUUUUGCCCAACACUGAUUAUAUAUAUCGUUUUCAGUAAUUAAUACAUGUCAAAAAAAGAAUGUUCACCAAAGGUGAACAUUCUUUUUUUCACCAAGAAUGUUCACCAAAGGUGAACAUUCUUUUUUUCCAUGGAUUUUUAGUUAUGAAUUAAUUGUUGAUAAAACAUUUCUUUCAGUUUCUGAGAAGAUAUUUUGUAAUGCCCAUGAAGCCCUUCAUGCUAUCCAUCAAGUGGUUCCAGCGUAAGUUAAAGCUAAUAAAAUUUUUUAACUUUUCAGUUUGGUCUCAGACUAUUCUUGUCACAUUAGAACCCUUCAGUUUUGAAAGCCUAUAGAUUGAUCAAACUGUAAUUUUGGAAAAAUGUUUGAUAAAAAUGUGACAAGGAAUCAAGAUAGGAUAGUUCCUGCCGCCAGUUCCUAUCAGCCUGGUCCAUGUAAUAAGAUAUAACUAUGCUUACAUGUUUGAAGCUGGAAUAUCUUAAUAAUUUUGUUUCAACAGAGUUCCACAGUUUUUGAUAUCUGUACUGUCAGAAAAUUUUCCAUUUGUGAGAAAACCUACGAUAUUUCAGGUAAUUAAUUUUGUGAUUUAGGUCCUACUGCUAAUUGCUUGUAGUUCAGCAGCCUUCACUUACACAUUUUUCAGAAUUUUAAAUUUGUAUCAUAUCUCUAUAUUAUCAAACCAUUUUAAAUAUUGAUCAAUUGAACUUUUUCUUAUUAUUUAGAUCUGAAGGGCUUUUCACAGGAAAGGGAACUUCAGCUUUGUGUUUUAUAUAGUUUAAAAGGUGUUUGCAAAGUACAGUUACAAUCAUUAUAGUAUAUACUUACUAUUGGUGUUUGUCACGUCAUCAUUUACAGGAAAGUUAUGUGAAGAACCUUCUUCAGGCUACAAAAUACCUCCCUAGCCUCAGAGCAAACAUUCUGGAACUGAUCAUUGACAAUCUUACUAAGAUUGAUGUAAGUAUAAGAAUAUCAUAUUGAUAUUCAUAGCAUAAUUACAAUUUUUAUAGUUAUCAUAUAUAUAUAUCUCUGAAAGUUGGACAAAUCAAUAAGACAUAACUCUUCUGUGACUCUGAAUUUCACGCUUACACGAUCAUCAGACAGAUUUUAAUGAAGAGUAUACCUCACUUAGUUUAAAUAUAUAUACAGUAAUUAGCUAAUUAGUAAGUCUAUUGUAAUCUGGUGUUGAUAUUCACUAGGGAGUAUUUGUUCUCGUGGCAGCAUUUGGAAAUUAAUUCAGUUCUUUUGUUAAGGUUGCUUGCUUUGUCAGCUUUGAUAAUGUAGAGUUUUUCAGUUGGGCAGAGGUUACAUCAUUUGGAAAUAUUGUUGUAGGCGUUUGCUGAAGAGAUGAUAGACCAGCUUAUUUUGUAGUUUUCAUUGUUGUCCUUGAGUUUCCAGAUGUGUUUUGCUAGUUCAGUGUGGUUGGCAUAUUUUUUGUGACAGAAUGAUAGUUUAUGUUGCGUAUAUUGUUUUAAUGUUCCUUCAGUUAGUCCGAUGUAGUUCUUUCCUGUGUCAUCUUUGUCUGUGGUCACCUUGGCUUUGUAGAUUACACUGGUGGAGAGGCAGUUAUUGUCUAGAGGGCAUUGGUCUUUUUUUCUACAGUUGCAUCUGUUUUGUGGUGUGGUGUUGUUGUUGGUAAGGAUUUUCUUGUUGUGGUUGUUGAUGAUGCUGCCCAUGUUCGGCAUGCAGCUGUAGCAGACUUUCACAUUGUUCUUGUUAAAGAUGGGGUGAUUUAAGGUUGAGGAAGGUUUUAGCUACGUUGGUUUGGACAUUUUUGUUGUAUGGGGGGGUUAAACCAGAUGAUGCUUUGUUUUCUAUUUCUUUUCGUGGUUGUGGUUGUGUUUUUCUUGUAGUAGUGAAGGUUUAUGCUGAAUCCGCUUGAUCUUAGGGCUUAGUCGUAGAGAGGCUUGGCUCUGUUGAAUGUUUCUUUGUUAGAAGAUAAGGCUGAUUAUCUGCGAUUGAUGGCUGCGGGUAUUUGUUUGAUGACAGUGGGUGGGUGGUUAGAUUUUGCAUUGAUGUAGAGUGGCUCAUUGUUUGGUUUUCUGUAUGGUUGGAAGGGACCACUCCUAUCUUGAAAAGUCAAUACGCAGACUUUCUAUACAUAUAUAUAUAUAGGAAGUCUGUGUAUUGAUUUUUCUAUCGUACAGUGCUUGAUAUGUAGAAGUAAAGCACAAUAUAUUAUAUCGAGAUAGGGGAAAAAAUAGAGACUAUACUCCUAUCCCUACAAGCCCGUUUGUGAUUACUCUCUCAUAGGGGGAUAAUAAAAUCCCCUGAUGAGUGAGACCUUGAAACAGGCUCAUAGGGAUGACGGUACAGUCUCUUUGUUUUUUUUUCCUAUCUUGAUAUAUAUAUAUGUAUGUAUAUGUAUACAAUUUUAGAUAUAUAUAUAUAUAUAUAUACAUACUCACACACCAGUUUUCAAUGUUGCAAUUUGAAAAUAUGUACCAUGAAAUAUAUACAUCUUUCUUUUUCCAUUUAAAAAAUGUUGAUAGAAUAAAUUAUAUAUAAUAAUAAUAAUAUUUACAUAUAUAUACAUAUAAUAUUAUAUUAUACAUAUAAUAUUUACAUAUAUAUGAAUUAUAUAUAAUUAUAAUAUUAUACUGUAUUAUUACAAUUCUUUUGAAAGGAAAGUGUAAUUAUCAUAGCUGUUUUGUUUCACCUUUGUACAUUAAAAUAAAAGGCAUUGUUCCUUCAAUGUAAAAUAUACAAUUGCCUUGUCCAUCACCUUAUUGAUAAGAGAAGAAAAAGGUACAUAUAUAUUUCAUUAAUAUUUUCAAACUGCAUGAGAAAAGAGUGAAAUAACCAUCAAAAUCAUAUAAUGUACUACUAACAUUACUUAUUAGUAAAAUACUUUCCCUCGUAUUAGUUAGAACUUUGUGACUUUUUAACAUCUCUUAUCUCAAAUUCUAUGAUCCUUUUGUUUUAAAUUGCAGGUAGCAGUUCCUAAGCAUGAACUUGAACAUCAUGAAACUACUCCUGAAGAAGAAGAUCCUAUGCAGUUUGAAGUGGAAAUGGUAGUAUUUGUAUAUAUUUAUACAGAAGGUUAUCUCAUGUUAACUUAAGACAGCAAACACAAACGGUUAAGAAUAUAUGAAGGUCAUAUAUUUGAACUGUGGAUAAAGACGUGAAUGAAAGUGAUCCUCGCAGUAAUGUGCACUACUUAGGCAGUAGUGAAAGUAAGGCCUGAAAAAAAAAAAAAAAUUCAGGCCUGUAUGGGAUUUGAACCCAUGACCUCUGUGAUACCGGUGCAGAGGGCCCUGCACCGGUAUCGCAGAGGUCAUGGGUUCACAGAGGUCAUGGGUUCAAAUUCCGUACAGGCCUGAAUUUUUUUCAGGCCUUACUUUCACUACUGCCUAAGUAGUGCACAUUACUGCAAGGAUCACUUUCAUUCAUGACUAAGAUAUGUGGUGCUGCAGUUUGCUACAUGACAGAUGGGCUUAGGCAGCCAAAUUUGUGACUUUUAACUACUUGCCUUGUUGACCAAACAGUCACAGCAUGGAGCACUUAUUUAAACUUUUUUAUCUAAAUUCCAUAGGCCAGUGUAUCUAAUUACUGAAAAUUUACUGGACUUUAUUAUUGUUUAAAAUGUCAGGAUGCCACCAACAUUGCAGUGGAAGAUAGUGGUGAAGGACAAGAAGUAAACUGUAUGGGAAAUGAAAUGGCAGACAGGCUAGACAUUUUGAUGGAAAUCUUGUUCAAGUACAUUCAUGAAGUUACCCACAUGGAUGGUAACUUUAAUUGAUUAUUAAGCUGCUGAAAUAUUAACAUGGAAACUUGCCUGAGUCUGUUGUAUAUUUGAUUUAAGAGAUGUUUUCUUACCUCUGAAUUUGAAGCCUUUUAAAAUAUCAUAGUACAGUGUCUGAAAAUAAAUUUGGACUCAUUUCUUGUUUAGCACUUAGAGGUGUGCAAUAAGCACUAAUAUAAAUCAGAUAAUUAUAUUAUUAUUAGACAAAAAUAAUGAGAAGUGUCAACAUAUCUCUGUAUGAAGCAGUUUUGCCAACUUGUUGCUACUCCUGUUGAUGUUUUUGAUCAGUUGGCAGAGGCUGUUGGUGUUUUAAUUGUCUUUUUUUUUCAUAUUAUUAGGAGAGUAUAUAGUUGAUGGUGGUAUUGAAUUGUUCAAUGAGUUACUGGUGGUAAGUCAUAACUUGUGUUAUCAAGUUUUUUUUUUAAGCUUAAUUAUUUUACAGUCAGUAACCAUAUUUGAAAAUUUUCUUUUCAUCAACAGAAAGCACUUAUGACACACCACCAUACAGACUGUUAACUCAGUUCCACAAAGAUCAUAAAUAAACAAGUUUAUUUUGAUUUGACAGAUUUUUGACAAAGUCAUCCUCCCUACACAUGCAUCAUGCCAUAUUCAGUUCAUAAUGUUUCUACUCUGCAGCUUUGAUCAGGUUGGUAUGGUAAAACUUGACUGUAUACUUAGUCAGAAUGAAACAAAACCUUCAACACUUGGAAUUUUUGUUAUUUCACUCCCCUUCCAUUUAGGACUCACUGAUUAAUACCAAAUUAAUUUUAAUAGCAAGUACACAUGUCAUCAAGAUGUUGUUAAUCUUUAAGAUGUGUGCAGUUUCCAGAAAAUCAGUUUUCAUUGAGGGAAGCAGUUCUAUUGUGAUUAAAACAUUAUAGACACAUACAGUUAUUGAGACAAAUGGAUAUCUCUUCCUAGACACUUGAUUGUAGACAAGUGAUAAGAUGCCUAAUGUUUUCUGAAGAGGAUACUCCCUCCUUACCAGGGAACUAGUCCUGUCAGUGCCCACCUUUGCUUCAUCAAGAAGCACUGUAUCAUGUGCUUAUUCUCUGAAUGGCACAGUGCCAGAUGGUAACAUAUUUGGCCCGUGGUUAUAGACACACAAACCAAGUGCACCAAGGUUUAUUAAUGUCAUGACUGAUAGCUGACCCUAACUCAGUCAAUAUGAUACAUGUCAGUAAAACCAUACAUGAAAAUUCAUGCAGGUUGUGUGAUACUUUUCCUUAUCUGAAUUUCAUUCAAGAUUUUCCUUUCUUUCUUUUCCUCUUUUGCAGUAUUUUUCCAAUUCCCUUCUUGAUGUUUGCUGGAAGAAGGUAAUAUUUUCACUUCCAAUGAGCCCUGUGUUGGUUACAUUAGGAAUUAAUGCAAGGUUUUAAAUUUAAGUUUGUAAAUUUUAGUGGAUGUUUUACAAAAUCCUGACUAAAUGGCUAUGUGCAAUAUGGCUGCAAUUGUUGUGCAAUGGUUACAUUUCUAUUUCUUUUAAUUUAUUGGCAAUUCUGUAGUAACUGAAUUGCAUGAAAACUGCUUAAAAUAAAGACAAGCUAAGGAGGUCACAAUGGCAACAAAUUUCCAUUUUUGAGGAGCUUUUCAUUUCCAUGUAUGUUUCAAAGGGGUGUCUGAAUUCUAGAAUAGAGUCCAAAUUUAUAAACAAAAAUUGACUGGGGGUUCCAAAGUGAUGCCAAAGUGACAAAUCUACUGUGACACUGGUUGGCAUCACAAGAAUCCACUGGUGGUAAGUUGAUACAGAAAUAUACAGAUGGUUAUUUAAGUAAUGCUUCAUUCAUCAUCUGAGAUCAUGUUUCAAAUUUUUUGUAAUCAGUGAGUAGUUAUUGGACAUGUGUUCUGUUGUUGUUAUCAUCUUUGUAGUCAUUCAAGUGUGUCUGUGUUCCAGAUUGAGGAACCUAAUACCCCAGCUAUCAUCAGACAGGCUAGUGCAGCUUACAUUGCAAGUUUUACAGCCAGGGCUAAAUACAUUCCCAUUAGGUAAGACUUGUAGUUGCCAUGAAAGUGAAAAAAGUGGACUAGUUGAUAGAGAAAUUCACAGAUAGCUCCUUGAGCUCAAGUGAGACAUAUCAACUGUAUCCAUUGGAAACUGAGUGGUUGAUCAUUGUAUUGAUGUAAAAUGUCUAUGCUAUUUGCUUGAAGUAAGUGAUAAUGUAUAGUUAGAAAGAUCAAUUUUCUUUAGUGCCAAUGAAAAGAAAGAAAAAGAACGGUCAUUUAUUAUAUAUACGAACAAUAAGAAUCUGGAACACACUGUCAGAUGAGCUUAACCUAGGUAUGAACAAUGUAGAUGACUUCAAACAUGCUUUGAUGUGUUAUUAUUCAACUGCACUCUAAGAGAUCUAUGACAUUGACAAUCCCAGGACUCAUAAAACUAUAUCUGUACAAAAUGUAAUUCAUGUCACAGCCUGAAAACAACACCAACUCCAUGCUGUUCUUACUUAUUAAUUAUUGAUGUAAUCAUUUUACUAUUUUAGUUUUACUAUUUUAAUACUCCUGAGACCACAGUAACUGGCUAUUGCUGUUGUGGUUACAAGCCCAUUAUUAACCCAUGUUCUAUAUUGUAUGCAUUGUUGGCAAAGCUAAUAAAUAAAUAAAUGAAUAGACAAGCAUUUUACAACUUACAAUUUACUAACCUAAAGCAAUUUCAAAAUGUAAUAUUUAGGGAGAUUCUGGCAAUAAUUCAAUGGUAUGUCACCUUUUAAUUUUACAGUACAGUGCAAACUUGUCUGGACCUUAUUGUGCACUGGAUUCACUGGUAAGUGUAUCUAAAACACAUAGCAUGUGUUUGAUAGUAAGGGACAUAAUCAGUCUUGAGAUAUGCUUGAUAUCUUUACAGCUAUAUUGACACUCAUGAUGCAAGCUGUGUAACACCUGAUGCUGGUAAAUAUGGCCCGUUUUACUCAGUUUGUCAGGUAAGCUGAUGAUUACUUGCAGUUUUCUUACUUUUGGUACUUUUUUUCUUUUACCUUUUUUACAAAAACAUAAAGCAACAUAGCUAAUCAAGCGAUGUCUGGUCAAGAGUUACUUGCACACAAUUUAGCUUUGUACUAUUGGAAUUGUGCAAACAGGAGGGACGCAAAGGUAAAAAACAUGAAGUGUGGAGAGGGAAGGAACCAAACUGAAAACAAGAGAGUUUUUCUGGCCUAACCUAUCUUCCCUUUUUUGCCAUUGUAUUGACAGAAGAAAUACUGAUCUAAGUUGUAUGAAAAUUUUUUUUAUGAAUGGACUUUUAGUUGAAAUCAUAAUUGCCAUUAAAUCAUGGAACAUUCAUUUCCAGGCACUUUUCUACAUGUUUGUAUUUCGCCACAAACAGUUGCUUGAACUUGAAGGAGGUAUGAUAAAGGUUUACAAACAGAUUUUAAUGCCCCUUUGUUCAUCUCUGUUUCAGUGUAUUUCUUUUAAAUAGUGUCAAACCAACUAGCUCUCUCUCAAAUCAUUUGAAUGAUUUUGAUCAGCUUUUGGGUUGAAAUUUUGUUAAUUAACAACUUAAAUGAUUUUGGAACUGGUUUAUUUUAGAACAUUAAACAAAAGUUCUGUCUCCUCACAGGACUGAAGUACAUAAGAAGACUUAACCUGGACAGAAUUGUAACUUGCCGCAUGAAUCCACUCAGGGUUGGCAUGCUUUUUUUUUUUUUUUACCUGUAAUCCAUGUUGCCUAACAGUGUGCAGGGUUGUAGGGCAGGGGUGGGCAUUAACCCAGUCUCACUCCCAGAUCUUACAAUCAAUUCUCCUUUCUGUCUGCCAUGCAGUUCUCAUGUUACUUCAGAGAAUUUGAUAUUGGAUCACAAUUGCCAAAUUGACAUUUAAUCUUGUCACUUGUAUUCUUGACUACAUAUUGAUAUUGUAAGGAGCAAUUCUGUUUUGGUCACUCCUUGGAGUUAAAGGGUUAAAACCACUUCUGUGUACAGCAUACAUGCAAAUAACUUUAAGUUCAAAGUGAUUGUCAUAAGAUUCAAAAAAGUACAUCAACUAAUCAUUUUUGCUUUCUGCUCUGACCUUUAUGCAGGUUUGCUUACCAAGCAUUGUUAAAUUGUUUGCAUAUAUCACAAGGUAAAAUUGUAUUUAUCACUAUGUGCAUUACCCUCUAGACCCUCAAAUUGUUUCUAUUGUACAUAUUGUCUUGCAGACCCUCAAAUGGUUUCUAUUGUAAGCAAGUAACAGAGUUUCUGGUUCAUUCAAGCAAUGUUUAGUUCACCUUUUAUUCAAGGGUUACUAGCUUGUAAAAUCAAAUUGCCUUUUGUGGAACAUACUAAAUGGCUGGUUUAAAUCAACAGACAUUACGAGCUGGUUUUUUGCUAUACAAUUAUUGAACAAAACAACAGAAUGAUGUUGCCAGUGGCAACAACAGCAUCCAGCCAUGCAGUGAGGAGUUUGUCUUUCCAGAACCAGUUAGAUUCUUAUUUUCCUUUUGAUCCUUACCUUUUGAAAAGGUGAGUACAAAAUCAUGCUUUUUACUUGUGGCAUAAAAUUUUUUAAUACACAUACAAACAUGGGUAAAAGUGAAAAGAUAGCUCCCACACACAGAAGUUGGUAACCUGUUGGUAGACGUGAUACCAAUGCAUUAUAAACAGCCAGCCAGACAGUGUUAAGUAGACCAACAUUGAUCCAAACCCCUCAUAUUUGAAAACAGUAAAUAGAAAUACAUCUGUGGAGUACACUGUGUGUACUUGCUUCCGUAUCUUCCUCACAUUUACCUAAAAAUGCCCUCUUUCUCCCAACCUAACUCUUGUACAAUAUGUUGUAAGAUCCUGGUGACCAUUCAUGGUUUCUUAAUGAAAAGCUGAACAGUUCACAACAAAAGAUAUAGUAACAAAACUUAGUCUCAUUAGUAACAAUUAGUUAUUGACCUAGUAUUAACUUUGAGAGGUAAUGUUACUGAAAACAGAUCGUCAAAGUUUAUCAAGCCACUCUAUCAUGAAUGGAAGGAAUUGGAACACGAUGCAGAUGAUGACGAUGAUGAUGAAGAAGAAGAUGAUCAAAGGAAACAUUCAGAAACAUAUGUAAGAUGUUGUCAGAUCAGUUUUAACUAGAAAAGAAUAUCAAUAUUAGUUUUAAUGGGUUUGUAUUUCUGGAAUUCUCAUUGGUAAAACUGAGCAGGCCUCACACAUGCUGAGUGUGGCAGAUUUUGAAUUAGAUAUUCUUAAAACUAUCCAUUGCAAAAGAAAUGCAAACCCAAACCCUAACCCUUGUAAAAACCUUCAUUGAAAACAACAAAAAUAUAAGGUGCAGAAAACAAUUAAGGGUAUGCACAUUAAAUUUUCAUGGUAUGGUUUAUUUGUAACACUUUUUAAAUGUUCCAGCAUUAUUUUUAUUUUUCCAGGAUGAAGGAGAAGAUUACUUGGAUAGCUGCAGCAGCCCAGAUGGCAUUGUACCAGGUUUUACACCUGACACGCACAUGUGUGUGUCACCUGGGUUCACAGUUUCUCCCAGAAGAUAGCAGUCACAGUAUUGUAACAACAUAUGCUGCUAUAAACCUUGUACUAGGUUUUACUCCUAACACACUCACGUCUGUCACCUGGGUUCUCAGCAUCUUCCAGAAGAUAGCACCUACAGCAUUUCAACAACAAAUGCUGCUUAAAUCUCACCCUUGCAAUCAUGCGAUGUUGCUGUCAAGUACUGGCAGGAGGGACCACCAUGUAACACUUCAGUUUGUUGAUACAAAUGCAUGA